AUGUGGAAAGUGGAUCCAAAAUAUGAAGAAAAAUGACUUAUGGGAUAAGUCAACCGAUUGUCUCUAUAAGAAUUAUAAAAUCUGUUCAGAUCAUUUUGAGCAAUCACAGAUUCUGUGUACAGGCAGACUGGUGUGGAAUGCUGUCCCAACUAAACUUGAAAUUCCGAUUCAAAGAAAGCCCAUAAAGCAUAAACUACAAUUCAAAAAUGAGGAAGGCUACACAAGUGCUAAAAUAAUUAAAUUUUGUUUAGAAGAAGACCACAGCUAUGCAAAGCAUUAUUCAUUGGAAAAUGAACCAGACGAACAAACAAGCACUGGAAGUCACUCCAGUAUAAUAGAACCAGAACCCAAAGCACCUUUGGAAGUUACAGACGAUACUAUUCUUGACACACAAAUGGAUGCACUUUGCAAUAAAGAAAAGAGCCAUGAAAAACCAAAUAGGUCUACAUUAGAUAGGGAGCCAAACGAACACUCGACCUCUGGAAAUAACUCCAGCACAAACGAACUAGAAACUGAUUCUUUAGAAAUUACAGAAAAGAGUAUUCCUUCUGGCACACAAGUCGACGCCCUUUGCUCUGAAUUAAAGGCAGACCACAGCUAUGCAAAAAAUAAUUUGUUGAUAAAUGAGUCAUACGAGGAAUCGUCCUCCAACACAAAUAAACAAGAGCCUGGUAAGGGUACACAAAAGGAUGCUCAUCGCAGAAAAAAAAAUAAAUAUCAAUGCAGCAAAGAGGGCAAAGAUGUAUAGACUGAGGCGUAAAAUAAAGAAGUUGCAAUCCAGUUUGGAAAAUUUACAACGUAAUUCGAGUUCAACCAAGUAUAUUAUUGAAAACGCUGCAAAAUACCUGAAUGAAACUUCACUAGAGUUCUUCGCCAGCCAAAUGAGAAUU